CUUGCGGGGGGAAAAACGCGCACUAAAAAAAAAAUACAAAAAAACGCCACAACGGUGUGACGUGCACUCUUUCUUUCUUUUUCUUUUUUUUUUUUUUUAGUAUCGCGCGGUCGUCGUCACUUGUGUGGCGGACUUGAUACUUGCUUGUCCGACGGCCCUUGAAGGCAGCAAAGUGCGAGAAAGAAGAAGAAGAAGAAGAAGAAAAAGAAGGAGAGGAGGACAAACUCUGACCGCGCCGUUUGGGAGUUGCAGCGUGGAGAAAGAAGAAGGAAAAGUCUUCCAGGACAUCUCCAGAGGCGCAACUGGAAGAAAGACCCCCCCAAAAUUAUCCUGUCUCCAUGCGGUGUUGAGGAAUGACCAUUCGCCAUGGAAACCCAGUCCCAGGCCAGUUCCGCAGCUGAAAAGAAGAAGAGGGUGGAGACCAUCGUGGCGACCAAGGGCUCGUCGGCGCGCAAUGACAUCAGCGAGAAGGCAGUGGCCUCCAGCACCACGUCUAACGAAGAUGAGAGCUCAAGCUCGCCCUACCACCGCGAGAGGCGCAACGCUCUCAGCUCCACGAGCGCAAGGCCUGGUGCCCCCGUAACCGAGGAGCCCUCCACCUCCACAGAGGAGCGCCCGACGCUGCUCAAGAAGGAGCUGCACGGCUCCUUGCCUCACCUAGCUGACCACGCCCUGCCCUACAGGGGAACUUUCUUCGCCAUGGACCCCCGCAACGGCUACCUAGACUCGCACUAUCCUGCACCGCAGUUCUUCCCGACCUUUCACCCUCCAGUGCCAAUCGACGACAGGCAUGCCCAGGGUCGUUAUAUCUACGAGCCUUCGCCGGUACCCCCUCUUCAUGUGCCUCCUGCGCUGGCGGGCAGUCCGGCCUUCUCGGACAUCUCCCUCAUCCGGAUCUCGCCCCAGCGGAACCCCUCCGUGGGGGCGGAGUCGCCCUUUCACCCCUCGCACCCGUACAUCAACCCCUACAUGGACUACAUCCGCUCCCUGCAGCCCCUCGGCAGCCCCUCUAUCUCCGUGCUGUCGGCCACCAGAGGCCUCAGCCCUGCCGACGCCCCUCACGCAGGCCUGACCCCCGCCGAGUACUACCACCAGAUGGCUCUGCUGGCGGGCCACCGGAGCCCCUACUCUGCUGACCUGCUACCCUCCGUGGCGACCGCGGCCAGCGGUGCCGGUGCUCUGCAUAUGGAGUACCUGCAGGCCAUGGAAAGCUCUCGCUUCCCGAGCCCGAGGCUGCCGUCGCGGCCCAGCAGGAAGCGGCCGCUGCCCAUCUCGCCGCUGUCCGAGCACAGCUUCGACCUGCAGACCAUGAUCCGCAACUCGCCCAACUCGCUCGUCACCAUGCUCAACAACUCGCGCUCCAGCUCGUCCACCAGCGGCUCCUACGGCCACCUGUCUGCAGGGGCCAUCAGCCCGGCGCUGAGCUUCGCCUACCCGCCCACGCCGGUGGCGUUGCACAUGCACCAGCAGCUGAUGGGCCGCCAGCCGGGCAUCGUGGGCUCCGCCUUCGGCCACAGCCCCCCACUCAUCCACCCGACGCCGGCCUUCGCCACCCAGAGGCCCGUGUCUGGCUUCACCGCCGCCGGGCUUCAUGCCAGCGAGCGGUCGGGCGUCUCCGGUGACUCCUCACAGAUCAAACCAACCAGUGAAUCUGCGGUGAGCAGCACUGGCGACCCGAUGCACCACAAGCGCUCCAAAAUGAAACCAGAGGAGGAGCUGCCAAGCCCAGGAGCGGUCAGCAUACAGGAUCACCCCGAUGGGAUGACUCUGGUGAAGGAGGAGGGCGACAAGGACGACGGCAAACAGGAACCUGAGGUGGUUUACGAGACCAAUUGCCAUUGGGAGAACUGCUGCCGCGAGUUCGAUACCCAGGAGCAGCUAGUGCAACACAUCAACAACGACCACAUCCACGGGGAGAAGAAGGAGUUUGUAUGUCGCUGGGAAGAAUGCUCCAGGGAGCAGAAGCCCUUCAAGGCCCAGUACAUGCUGGUGGUCCACAUGCGCAGGCAUACUGGGGAGAAACCUCACAAGUGCACAUUUGAAGGCUGUGCUAAGGCCUACUCCCGCCUGGAAAACCUCAAGACUCACUUGCGUUCCCACACGGGCGAGAAGCCAUACGUGUGUGAACACGAGGGCUGCAACAAAGCCUUCUCCAACGCCUCCGACCGCGCCAAACAUCAAAAUCGCACACACUCAAACGAGAAACCGUACGUGUGCAAAAUCCCAGGCUGCACCAAACGCUACACAGACCCAAGCUCCUUGCGCAAGCACGUGAAGACCGUGCACGGGCCCGAGGCGCACGUCACCAAGAAACAGCGCGGCGAUUACCCCAGGCCUCCAACGCAGCCCCGGGAGCCCGGUGCCAACAAUCAGGGGCGGUCUCCGGGGCAACUGGCGCUGGGGGGCUACACGGACCAAAGGGAGUACAACCACGUUACCUCAAAACAGGAUGAAUGUCUGCAGGUCAAGUCCAUCAAGACAGAGAAACCAAUGACGUCUCAGCCAAGCCCUGGCGGUCAGUCUACAUGCAGCAGUGACCAGUCCCCAGUCAGCACCUAUCCCAGCGGUGGACUCCAGCUUACUGUGAGUGCCGGACGCUCGCCAGGGGAGUGGCUGGAGGAGGACGAGGAUGAGACAGAAGAGGAACACCACGGGCAGCCGGCCCCCAUCAUGGACUCCACCGUCUCCACGGCGACGGCGGCCAUGCUGACCCUGCAGGCGAGGCGCAGCGUGGGCCGCCCCCUGCGCUGGAUGGAGCACCUCAAGAUGGAGAGGCUGAAACAGGUGAACGGAGCGCUGCCCAGGCUGGGGCCCCUGUCCCCGCCGCCGCCCCUCAAGGGUUCCACACUCCCCACCAUCCAGGGGAAGGGGUCCUGUCUGGGCAAGCAGUGGACGGUCGCUGCUCCUCAGCCGCCAGCUCAGCCCGAGCUGGGCGGCACAGAGUUAACGGUGCUCAAUUUGCUACGAGACCGGCGCGACAGCAGCGGGAGCGCCACCAGCUCCGCCUACCUGAGCAGCAGCCGCCGAUCCUCGGGCAUCUCCCCUUGCUUCUCCAGCCGACGCUCCAGCCAGGCGUCCCAGAACGACGGCACGACGGCGGCCGCCCACCACCGACGCCUCCACAACCUCAGCUCCACCGACUCCUACGACCCAAUCUCCACCGACGCCUCCCGUCGGUCCAGCGAGACGAGCCAGUACGGAGGCGGGUACGGAGCGGGAUUCAGCGGGGUACCGUCGGGCGGGGUCCAUGGGGGCGGAGAAGUAGGAGGAUCCCGGGGGAUGCUUACUUUAACCCCAGCACAGCACUACCACCUGAAGGCCAAGUACGCCGCAGCAACCGGUGGCCCGCCGCCGACCCCUCUACCCAACAUGGAGCGCAUGAGCCUGAAAGCCCGUAUGGCCAUGAUGGACGAAGGUGGCGCCAACCAGCCUAUGCCACCACUUGUCAGGCCGCACCGCUGCACCGAUGCCACCAACAGCUCCAUGGGACACUCGGGCUACAGGAGGAGGGUCCUCUAUCCAGGCGAGGGGCCGCUGACCGGCAACAGGCGGGCCAGUGAUCCAGUGAGAACGCAGCCUUCUUCCGACAUUUGCAACCUGCCCCAAGUGCAGCGCUUUAACAGCCUGAGCAACCUGCACCCUCUUCCACCUCUGUCUCAGCAACACAUCCCCGAAAUACGCAACUUAACCUUGCAGAAUUACACUCGCUCAGACGGGAACCUGCAGAGAGCCCCGCAGAACCCCUCCUACAACCCCAGCAUUGCGGAGCACGCGGCUUUAGAAGCUCUGGCCAUGGAGGGCGAUGAAGACGCUUACCCGCUGCUUGAGGAUGAAGAUAUCCUUCCUGAUGACAUGGUGCAGUAUCUCCGCUCACAGGUUCAAGCGGAUGCUGGCCCCUACAUGCACAUCGAGGAGCAAGUAGCCCCCAGGGAGAGAGUGCACCAGUAUAUGGAAGGGAUGGAGCAGACUUCUGGGAUGAACUUCCCAGGCAACCACUGCCUCCAGCAGCAGCAACAGAGGAGGAGCCCCAGCUUGCUUCCCAUCCAGUGGAACGAAGUCAGCUCCGGGAGCGCUGAGCGGUCUCCUCAGAGGAACUGCGGAAAGUGGUCAGCUCAGGCCCCGUCUGAACCUUUUGGCAGGUUUGGAAACAUGGUGGUCCAGCAGCAGCAGCAGCAGCAACAGCAUGCGUCACUCGGCUUUCACCACAGUUGUUCCCAGGUAGACCCAAACCAAAGUGCUUGCACCGUCAACCCUGUGGUCAAGCUGGAGGCAUCUCCUACGUCCUGCAUGGAGAUGAGAGGAGCUGCUCCCGAUACCUUUGCCCGGCCUCACUUCCCCAAGACCACUGAUGGACCUUUUCCACCAAAGCAGAACCACUUCCAGCAGAACCUCAACAGUCGAGUGUCCUGCCAGGUGGGAAACAACCUCCUGCUCAGUCGGGCCUCCAUAGACAAUCUCCAUGAUGUCCUUCAUCCCAAUCAGCAUGGUACAACCGUCAACAGGAACUUAGGGAGGAACCAUCUCAACCCUUCAAACUGCAGUCAAGUCCAUCGGUUUCAGAACGGCGGGAGUCUGUGUCCCCUGAAACUGGAAGCUCCAGAACAUGCGUACCUGGAGCAGGACUUCACAGAUCCUAUCUCCUUCCAGCAGACAAAUCCCAAAGCAGCAUCAAUCCCGACAGUGGAAGACCACUACUUGCUAGACUCCAUCACUGGAGGGCAACUUGGUAACCAUGGUGAUUCCUCCACUUCGCUUCUGUCUCCCGGUUCCGACCAAGUGACCAGCACGGUGGAAGGUGCCGCCGUGCUGGACGACGGCGCCAGUCUGGACUUUGGCGCCAUGAUGGAGGACGGCUUCGACCAGGGCAGCCUUGUGUCUGUGCCGCUAAGUCCCUCCAUGUUCCAGGGGCUCUCCAGGACCUCGUCGCGGCUGACCACCCCUCGCGCCUCGGCCACCUUCAGCACGGCGGCCCCAGCCCUCGUCGCCGUGGCGCCCGGCGUCAACAACAUGGCCAUCGGAGACAUGAGUUCCCUUCUCAGCAGCCUCGCGGAGGAGAGCAAAUUCCUGGCCAUCAUGCAGUAGAUCCCUCAUAACCUUUCUCCUCUCUUCUGGUGGACGUGAAGGCAAUUAGGGAAAAACAUGUACUUCCACUUUUACCAUCUCACAUAAAAGUGGGAUUCAUGAUGUAUAGAUAAAUAAAUAAUUAAUUUUAUGGAAUUAAAUCUUUUUCUAUGUCUGACAGUGAGAGCGUACUAGUCUUCAAACAGUAUUCUUCCUGCGUGUUUUUGCUGAUUAAAAAAAUUGCAUGUAUUGAAGGGGAAAUACUGUCCUUAAAGCACAAUGGUGUGUGCUCGCCACUCCAGGUUAUUAUGUAUACAGUAUCAGGGGUGGGAACCUGCGGCCCCUGACCGGUGCACCAUGCAAAGAAACUGUUAAAAAGCCCUAAAACAUUUUCAUAAAUGUGUUUCAGUGCUGUUUUUGUCCAAAUAUAAAUAGGAUAAUACAAUCACGUUCUACUAUUUCAUGGUGAGGUACUCCAGUGUAAAUACUGUAACAGUGUUUUUAUAUUCUCUUUUUUCAAGGUGCUGUGUGUUCUUAAUGGACGCUGACGCUGGUCCAACAGCACAUUGUUUUUUUUCUUUUCUGAUCUCUCGAUGCUGUACAGUGAUGUGUUUUUUAUUUGUCUUCUCCAAAGCUCUUAAAUUCCGAAUGAGUACCACCAAGUAUUGCAGCGACGUUGUCACCAGUGUUCGUAUAUUGCCUUUUUAUUCCGUUUUUUUUUUUGUAGUUUACCUUUUAUUUAGCGUCAAAGCAAUGAGGUACAUUUUUGUAUUAUUAUUAUUAAGUUUUUUGGUACUGUUUUUUUUGUAGCCGGGAAUUGAUUGAUUAUUUAGAUUUUUGUUUGUUUUUUAAAAAGAAGAAAUAGUUUCCUUUUAAAGGAGGAGGAAAUGACAUUGAGGUAUGUGCCUUAUACGUUUCAUUAAAGAGAAGAAACACUGCCAAUCUUCCAUUGUAAAUAGUACAAAAAAUAAACAUGAACAUUUAUAUUAAAAUGUCCAAUUAUGGGAAAAAAAGAUUUGUGAAAUGCAUUUUCUUUCUUCUUUUCUUAACGUUUUACAGUGUAUU